GUGGACUGUUUCUCCGACGGGUCAAGCCCGACGCAGUGCACGGUCUCUCCGUGUUUGGUACCCGCAACAAGUUCUCGCUUUCCAACUCCAUUUCCGGUCGCUUCCCCAACCCCCCUCAUCUUCUCACUUCCCCAGAGUCCGAACUACGAGCGAGCGGCUGCGAUUCCCAGCGUCCGAGCGCCCCGGCGCCGGUCUCCUACGCGGGGAAGGACCGGCCUCGGACUGCUACGGCGCCGGAUGAGCGAGCAAGUCUGUUUCUUGGGCAAGCUAUCGGUCGAUGUGGCAGCGGAGUAGAGUACUGGACGGGCGGGGCCACAUGAGGUUCGGCUCCGGAAGGGUGGAAGACGAGAUGGCGCUCACGAGGCAGAGGACCGUGAGAUUCCAUGAUGAGAGGGCGAAGGCAACCAUACCUAUUCACCAGAAGCAGCAUGGGCUGGCUGCUAGCAGGCUCGGCUUGGGAAGUUCGGGGAAGAACAAGGUCUUCGUGGCAGGAGACGACUUGUGGUACAACAAGAUUAUUGACCCGUCGAGCGACUUCAUCUUGACGUGGAUAUACGUCUUCCGUGUGUCAUGCUUCAUUGCUCUGUUCAUGGACCCUCUGUACUUCUAUGUGCCUGAAAUCGAUUACAGGCAAACCUUUCAUUGUGUCAGGAAGGAUACACGCCUAGCCAUCAUCGUUACUGUGUUCCGAUCAAUUGUCGACCUCUUUUAUGUCAUCCAGAUGAUGAUAAAGUUCAGGACUGCAUAUAUUAAUCCAAGCUCAAACUUAGGGGUUUUUGGUCGAGGAGAUCUCAUCACAGAUCCUAAGGAAAUCGCAAAGCAGUACUUGAGAUCUGACUUUGUUGUUGAUUUGGUGGCUUCUUUGCCUUUACCACAGAUCAUUAUUUGGUCUGUGAUACCAGCUAUCAAAUAUUCUUCGUCUGAGCAUGGCAAUGACAUGCUGCUUCUGGUUGCUCUUUUCCAGUAUAUCCUAAGAUUAUACCUCAUAUUUUCCUUGAACGAUAAAAUCGUCAAAAUUACUGGGGUGUUUGCAAAGACUGCUUGGCAUGGGGCUGCCUACAACCUGCUGUUAUACAUGAUUGCUAGCCAUGUUUUAGGAGCGUUGUGGUACCUUCUAUCUGUUGAUCGUCAGAUUGCGUGCUGGAAAAACUUUUGCGAUGAAACUGAUUGCCACACUCGAUAUCUAUAUUGUGAUGUAAAACCAGAUUCAAUGUGGAAUGGGACCUCAGUCUUUUCUACUUGUAAUGCUAAGAACAGUACCAAAUUUGACUUUGGUAUGUUCCAGCCACUGUUAGCAAACAAAACUCCUAACGAGAGCUUCCUGAAGAAGUAUAUCUAUUGCCUUUGGUGGGGUUUGCAGAAUCUAAGUUGCUAUGGCCAGACAUUGACUGUGAGCACCUUCAUUGGUGAGACACUGUAUGCUAUAUUAUUGGCAGUGGUUGGCCUAGUCUUGUUUGCCCAUUUGAUCGGAAAAGUUCAGACCUACCUGCAAUCAAUCACCGCAAGGGUUGAGGAGUGGAGGCUAAAGCAGAGAGAUACCGAGGAGUGGAUGGGGCAUCGGCAACUGCCCCAUGAAUUACGGGAAAGAGUGAGAAGAUUUGUUCAUUACAAGUGGCUCGCAACUCGAGGCGUGGACGAAGAGUCUAUAUUGAGUGCCCUACCUACAGAUCUUCGCCGCGACAUCAAGCGCCACCUUUGCCUGUAUCUUGUUCGUAGGGUCCCACUUUUCUCCCAGAUGGACGAUCAGCUUCUAGACGCCAUAUGCGAGCGCCUGGUAUCGUCCUUGAGCACAGAGGGCACAUACAUUGUCCGAGAAGGCGACCCAGUGACCGAGAUGCUGUUCAUCAUCCGCGGCAAGCUGGAAAGCUCCACGACAGACGGUGGCCGGACAGGUUUCUUCAACUCGAUCACCCUGAAGCCCGGCGACUUCUGUGGCGAGGAGCUCCUCGGAUGGGCGCUCGUCCCCAAGCCCACCGUCAACCUGCCACUGUCCACCCGGACGGUGAAGGCGGUUCUCGAGGUCGAGGCGUUCGCUCUCCAGGCCGACGACCUGAGGUUCGUCGCCAGCCAGUUCAGGCGCCUCCACAGUAGGAAGCUGCAGCACACGUUCCGGUACUACUCCCACCACUGGAGGACCUGGGCCGCGUGCUUCAUCCAGCACGCCUGGCGCCGCCUGAGGAGGAGGAAGAUGGCCAAGGACCUGAGUCUGAGGGAGUCGUUCUCGUCCACGGGACCGUACGAAGGCGAUGGCGACGACGCCUCCUCCCCUGAACAGAGUAUCACACUUAGGAGAGGAGCCGGCAGCAUCAUCAGGGAGCUGCCUAAGUUCAGGAAGCCAUCGGAGCCGGAUUUCUCGGCGGAGCAUGACGACUGACUGACUGGCGGAGGACUGAGUGGCUGAUACAUUGUUUGUUAAGGCAAAAGAUUGGUGCUUCUGAUCGGUUGUUCAUACUGUACAUACAUAUGUAGUGGUGCUUGUCAUUGUAUUGUAGGGAUCCCACCGUAGAUUAGAAAGAUUGCUUGUGUCCGCUGGCCGAGCAGAUUUUGCUUCCCGGGUCAGGGCUCUACCAUUCUUUUUUCUUCUUUUCUUCCAAGUGUGAAAAUUGCAGCAGGAUGUACUGUUGUCUGUUUCUCUUACACCGGUCUGGUUGUUGAUUCUGUGAAAUUUUGUUGUGUGACUA